UGUGUUGGUGAUUCUACUGAUGAAGCAGCAAAUAUACAGGGGGAUUACCGUGGAUUUUCUGUUCAGCUGAGUAAUGUAGCAAAAAUUCAAAUACAUAUAUGGUGUUAUGCUCAUUUUUUAAACUUAGUUAUUGGUGAUGUAACUUUGGAAUACUCAAUGGAUGUGCUGUUUUUAUUAAAAAAUCUCAUAAGCGUAUCAAUGUGUGGAGGACUAAUAAAGAAAUGA